AGGUAUUGUGCAGUUGGAGUCUGGGAUGAGGGCCCGUUCCACGGGCAAAGAGAAAUUCUGUUUCACGAAGACCCCUGUUGAGUGGCUGUACGGAGCUGUUUAUUUUAAUAUAGGUUAGAUAAAAGUGCCUGUUAGGAUAGGGUGUGUGCAUCCCAGGUGGGAAUAAUAGCGAAAGACUUGUUGCUGCUAUGCCCUAGUUUACUAAGCAGAGUUACACCUACUCGCCCCCGAAAACAGUCUUCGGACGCUAGGUGGGGGAGUGCGGUAGUCCUGAGUAUUAUUCACCUGAGAUUCUGGAUACGAAGUUCAAAAUUAAUCCCGCGAUAUGAUAAACUCCCGACAGGGAAAUUAAAUGGUAGGGGGGCCGUGGCCUGGCCCGAAGCUCCGCUGUAUGAGUAUCAUAACAUGACAAAAUUUUGUGCAGCUAUCCGCCGUGUCACAUUGCUCGGAAAUUCUAUGUAUGAUAUAGAAACAUCUAUGAUAAUAUAACCUAUCUAUGAUAUUGAUGCCACCCCAAGGGUAUAAAUCUUCAAUUUUCACUAAUUUCACUUAGCCCCAGGUCUCCCACUUCGCGCGUCCAACCUCCCAGAAUCGUUCCCAAAACUUCAUCGAGUGACACGCCAUGAGCGUCUAUUUCCAAAUACUCAGGCGUAGCGGCAUAGCGCCUACAAACCCGGGAAUCUCCAAUACGCGGGGCGGGCUACUUAAGUGCCCUCGCCCACGAUACCAACAAGCUAUCAUAAUAUUAUGAUGGCAGAUUCAAGACUUACGACAUAUGUUAUCAUACAGGUGGAAUGUCAGCGAGGGUGGGUUAGGGUUACAAGGGUACAAUGAAAUAACGCCUUGGUCCCCUCACCACUCUUCCUUUCAUUCCCUAAAAUCAAAUCACACCACAAACCUAGUGAGUCACGACAAAAAUCCGAAGAACACAGAAGAGAGCUGGCUCGUUCGAUCGCUAGAAUCCGCAAAUAAAUAAAAAAACCCCCCAUGGCUCCCUUCGACCUUGUCGUUGCCCAAAAGGCAUCUCCGGGGCUCAUCUACCCAGCGCUCAUUGCGAGCAGUAUCGUCAACGCCGGCGAUAACAUUCGGCCCGUUGCCACCAUCACUUACAAAGAUGUUGAUCUUCUUGACAAGAAAGACGAGGCAUCCGCGGUCGGGGUACAGUUUGACGGUGAAGAAAUAAUAUAUGGUCUUGAGGGUGUUCUCCAUAGAAUCCUCAAGUCUUAUUCAUCCGCCCUUCGGUCCCGUGCUGAGAGUACUGCUGAAGACGAAUGGAUCAAGUUCAGCACUACUCGCUUGUCCGGUGGCGAUUUCAAAGCUACUUCGGCUGCGCUUGAGGAAUUGAACGACCACCUUACACUUCGCACGUUCUUAGUUGGCUAUACCUUAACAAUUGCUGAUAUUGCAGUCUGGGGGGUUCUUAAUGGGAAUGGGCAGGCUAUCUCUUCUAUUAAGAGAAAUCACCUGCCAAACCUGGUCCGCUGGUUCAAGUAUAUUGGGUCUAUGGAGAGAGUUACCAUCUCUGUCAACUCUUUCAAGGCCGAGGCCAAUACCAAGAAGAAGGCUAAGAGCAAGGAGACCAACUAUGACAUCGGCCUCAGGGACACUGAGAAGGGUGUCGUCACCAGAUUCCCUCCGGAGCCAUCCGGAUAUCUACAUAUCGGCCACGCCAAGGCUGCCAUGCUGAAUCAGUACUUCGCACAACACUACAACGGUACUAUGAUCGUUCGUUUUGAUGACACUAACCCUACCAAGGAGAAGCAGGAAUUCCAAGACAGUAUCCUCCAGGAUUUAGAGCUUCUGGGUAUAAAAGGUGAUAAAAUUACCUAUACUAGUGACCAUUUCGACGCUUUAUACGACUUUGCUAUAAAAAUGAUUAAGCGUGGAAAAGCCUAUUGCGACGAUACCCCUCAAGAACAGAUGCGUGCCGAGAGAAUGAAUGGGAUUGCCAGCAAAAACAGAGACCGCUCUGUUGAAGAGAACAUGGAAGUCUUCGGAGAAAUGGCACGGGCAACCGAAGUCGGUACCAGGAAUUGCCUUCGAGCAAAAAUCUCAGUAGACAAUCCUAAUAAAGCCAUGCGUGACCCUGUCAUUUAUCGCUGCAAUCCAUCCGUUCACCACCGCACUGGUGAAAGGUACAAGGUUUAUCCCACUUACGACUUCGCUUGUCCCCUUGUGGAUAGUAUCGAGGGGGUUACCCACGCACUUAGGACCAUUGAGUAUAGAGAUCGCAAUCCCCAGUAUUGGUGGAUGUUGGAGGCAUUGGGAAUGAGAAAAGUUCAUGUUUGGGACUUUGCCAGACUUAACUUUAUUAAAACUCUUUUGAGCAAGAGGAAGUUGACCUGGUUUGUUGAGCAAGGACUUGUUUGGGGGUGGGACGAUCCCAGAUUCCCAACCGUCAGGGGAAUUCGCCGCCGUGGGAUGACCGUCGAAGCGCUGAGGCAAUUUAUUCUGGCUCAAGGACCUUCGAAAAAUGUCGUGAACCUUGAUUGGACCAUCAUCUGGGCCGGUAACAAGAAGGUGAUUGACCCGAUUGCUCCAAGACAUACUGCUAUCAUCGAAAAAUCCCACAUCAGAGCAACCAUUGCCGGCGCUCCCUCCCCAGCCGUCUGUGAGGACAAGCCAAAGCACAAGAAGAAUCCAGCAAUCGGCACCAAAAAGACCUACUUUGGCAGCACCAUCCUUCUCGACCAAGCCGACGCUCGUUCCUUCAGGGUAAACGAAGAAAUCACUCUUAUGGACUGGGGCAAUGCAAUUGUCACCUCUAUCGAACGUGCCUCCCCCGAGUCCGAUGUGACCUCCCUCACUCUCAAACUGCACCUCGAGGGCGACUUCAAAAAGACUGAGAAGAAAGUCACAUGGCUUGCUGCCGAACAAUCUCUAGUGCCUGUUGAACUUGUCGACUUCGACUACCUCAUCACCAAGGACAAACUUGAGGAGGAGGACGACGUGGCUAACUUUGUCAAUAAAGAAACUGAGUUCCGUGAAGACGCUAUUGCUGACGAGAAUGUCAGGGAUGUGAGGGUUGAUGAUAUCAUUCAGUUUGAGAGAAAAGGCUACUACAGGUGUGAUCGCGCGGCGGCGGAGGGAGUCAAAGCGGUGUUCUUUCUGAUUCCUACGGGAAAGGGGGAGAAGCCGGCUGAGAAGAAGUAGGAUGGCAAUUCCAAAAAGGGAUCAUGUGUAGGAGAUAGGUUGGUAUGCCAAAUCUAAAGCCUAUCACCUCUAAA